UUUGCAUGGACAUGCCAGUCACCUCUAAGCAAAGAGGACACCAUGACCCUCAUCGGUCACUUGGAGACGGUGACAGCCGAAGCUGAUGGCUCAUUGGAUAGCGUUAACCUUGCUUUAGUCAUGGCGUUGCUUUAUUGCCUAGAUGUUAGUUUUCUGGAGCAAGGAACAGAGGAUAGAGAAGACUUGCUCCAGGCCUUGCCUCUACUGACGGAGAAGCAGUAUGUGGCAGCGGUGCACAGUCGGUUGGUGGAGGGUCAGGCCUGGAAGCUUCCUGGACUGCAGGCAGGGGUGCAGCUGGCCUGGGCUCUGUCUCUGAGAGCCGUGUCACAGCUUCCGCAGGGUGCAGGUAUCACGCCUUUCAUAGCUCAGGCUAUUGACCUGGACCACCUCAUGAUACUUAUUGGAGAGUUUUACAGUAAAGAUCCAUUUGAACUUGAGCUGGCCCUGGAGUUCUGGUGUCCAUCAGAGUCUCUUCAACACACUUCACUCACCGGAUCUUUUCUUGGAGUACCUCUCCAAAGACCCCCUCACAAACAGGUGGUUCUCUCCAAGUUUGUGCGUCAGAUGGGGGAUCUGCUCCCUGCUACUCUCUACAUCCCUUACUUGCGCAUGCUGAAAGGGCUUGCUAAUGGUCAUCAGUGUUCCCACUACUGCUUUAGUCUGCUUAAAACCAAUGGAGCUCCACACGGAGAGAACCGGCAGGCUGUAGUGUCGGGCAGUGUUGUGUCAUGGGAGCACUUUUUCCAUUCUCUCAUGCUCUACCAUGAGAACCUGCGACGAGAUGUGCCCAGUGCCGACAGCAUGCAGUACCGCCACCCACCCAUCAGAGGCAUCACUCAGAGAGAGCUAGAAGGCCUCACAGCGUUCCUCCAGCUGCUCACCACUAUCAUCACCUGGAGUGAGAAUGCGCGUCUGGCUCUUUGUGAACACCCUCAAUGGACGCCUGUGGUGGUGAUGCUGGGAUUGCUGCAGUGCAGCGUUCAGCCCGUGCUGAAAGCUCAAGUCUUGCAUGCUCUUGCUGCCUUUGGCAAAUCUCCUGAGAUCGCUGCCUCCCUCUGGCAAUCACUGGAGUACACACAGAUCCUGCAGACAGUGAAAGUUCCUGGACAGAGACAGGCUGCUGGGAUUGAGGUGGAGCUGAAUGAGAUUGAAUCGAGCUGUGAGGAGUAUCCUCUCACAAGGGCCUUUUGUCAUCUGAUCAGUACUCUGGUAGAGAGUGCACUUCCAGUGAAUCUUGGAGCAGGACUGCGUGCACCAGGCUUUCAGCCUUAUCUUGACUUCCUGCGUGACUCCGUGUUUCUGGCCUUCCCCACACGUGCCUACCGGCGGCCAGCAGAAAAGUGGGAGCUAGCUGAGGCAGUGCUAGAGGUGUUUCACAAACUUCUGAGAGAAUAUGAGCCGCAGCCAGCCGACUUCCUGCAAGAAAUGGUGGAACUUCAGGGAGAGCAAAUGCCAGCCCAUAAGCCCCCGGGACACAGUCUGAUGUUCCACCUGCUGAAUGACUCGCCCACCCUCUCUCUCUGCCUCAGCCUGCUUGAGGAGGGCGCCCGUCAGCUAGACACCUACGCCCCCUUUCCUGGUAAAAAGCAGUUGGAGUCGGCAGUGCUACACUGUCUGUGUUUGUUGGAGCUGGCUCUGCAGAAGGAGGUGACAUUCAUGGAUCUGCUGAGAGAAAGUCAGACAUCGCUACUUGUCUCUCCUGUGGAACAGCUCCUGCAGGGUGUCAGUGCUCAGAGCAGACGGGCUGAUCACAUCACCAACAUUGCCAGGUACCUGUACCACAGCAGCUCGAACCCUGAUGCUGCUUUCCAGAGUGCCAAGAUUCUGCGCCGUAUUGCACGCUACCCAAACAUCCAGGCCAGACUGGUUGGAGACUUCACACAUGAUCAGGUGGUGAGUGAGAAGUUGAUGGCUGGUUUUGUGGAGUGUCUGGACAGUGAGGAAGCUCAGGAGGGAGUAGCCGCAGAUGACUCAGACCCUGAGAAACGGGUGGCCAGGAUUCAUCAUGAAACCAAGAUCCACAUCCUGAACCUUCUGAUCACCUCUCUGGAGCUAAAGGGCCCCAAUCUGGGCUUGUAUCUGCUGGGCUAUGAAGUGAAGAAGCCAGUUUCCUCCACUAACCUGCAGGACCCAGGUGUUCUUGGCUGUCCACGGAGCUGCCUGCAUGCGAUCCUCAGUCUGCUCCAGAGGGGCAGCGAGUGGCGCACUGGACCUGUGCUCACCAAACAGGCCCCUCAACUAGCUGAACUCUUCUACCAGGUGAUCUAUCAGCUGUGUGCCUGUCCUGACACUUCUGGGCCCACCAUGCGUUACCUCAGGACCAGUCAGGACUUCCUGUUCUCUCAUCUGCAGCACCUGCCUUUCAUUCUACCAGGUACCUCCAUGUGGGAGCGUUUGACUGCCCCUGAAGAUUGUUUCUCCAAGCUGCAGAGAGAGAACCUGGCCAUCAUCGAGAGCUACGGCACUGCGCUCAUGGAGGUGGUGUGCAGAGACGCUUGUGACGGCCAUGAGAUUGGCAGGAUGCUGGCUCUGGCUGUGUUGGACCGGGUGUUGUCUAUAGACAGACAGUGCCAGUGGCUGAUGUACCUGUGUAACAGCGGGUACCUGCGUGUGCUGGUUGAGAGCUUGAGGCAGGACGAUGCCGCCCUGCAAACUCUGCUCACACCUCAGCCUCCAUUGCUCAAACCACUCUACAUCUACGAGUCCAAAAUGGCAUUGCUGACCCGUGUGGCUAAGACAGCACAAGGUGCGACAGAGCUCCUGCGCUGUGGGCUGGUUGGUCAGCUGGUGGAGUGUCAGGUGUUUCACAUGCUCCCUCAAAAUGAGGCACUCAGAGUGUUUGGGCAGAGAGAUCCAUCGGGGUUUAUUCCUAGUCCUCUAGAGCGAUACAGACAGAUCCUGCUGCCUACUCUCAGACUGAUGCAGGUCAUCUUGACCUCCACCACCACACAGCACCAGCAGGGGGCGGCACAGGUGCUGCAGUGGCUCAUCGUUCACUCUGAUGUCAUUCAGUCCAUCCUGCAUGGUCAGGAUAUGAGUAUGGGCGCUCUACAGGAGCUCUCUCUCCUCACUGCCAUCAUCAGCAAGACCGCUCUGCCAGGAGCUCUGGAGAUGGGACAGGAAAUCAACAGUGCCGCCCUUAUGGAAUUACAGGGACACAUCGGCAGAUUCCAGCGUCAGUCGUUGUCUCUGCUGGUGCGGCUGGUGGGAACCGAUCGCGCUCGCUACCUGAAGCAGAUCGAGGAGACCGUCUCCCCUGGUGACCUUGCAGAAAAGAGAGAGGAAAUGGAGGUUGCCAUGCAACAGAUUUGUGCCAAUAUUAUGGAGUACUGCCAGACGCUACUGCUGCAGAGCUCAGCUGAAGCCCAGUUCAGUCUCUGCCUGUUCAGCCCGUCAGCAAGUGAACCAGCAGAUGUAGCCGUUCCCUCUGCGCGGGUGCCCAGUCUGGGAUUGGUUCUGCUCCUGCUGAAGAACAGCGCCACUGACUUCUUCCGAUAUCAUGACAGCCACAGACAGAGCCUGAAUAAGCUGGAGCGAGUGGAGCAGCUUCCCCCUGAGGAACUGAAGGAGCUGUGCCAGGGUCUGGUGUCCGGUUCUGGUGGAGUGGAAAAGGUCCCAUCAGUGCAGAGAAACGUGCUUGCCAAGCGCCGACUCGUCCAGCUGGUCAACAACCGAGCCAAGCUUCUUGCCCUCUGCUCCUAUACCAUUGAGACAUGCUUGUUUGUGAUUUGGCGCCACCUAGAGUUCUACUUGCUGUACUGCACUCCCACUGACCCCAAAGACUCACUUCUGCCAGGUUUCAGAGAUCCUAGUGGCAGCAGAGGAUUAAGUGUGUCAAGAGUGAGCCAGCAAGAUCUUGAACAGUUACAGACUGACGUGGCGAACAGCUUCAAUGAGCCGUUGCAGAGAAAGCUGCUGGAGGUGGAGGGUCUGUAUAGCAAAACCCGCUCCCGUCACACCUUUAUCCAAGCCCUGACGCGCAGGAUCCGUGGCCUAGUGCAUCACGCCAAAGGCUGAACACUUGCAUACAUGUAUAUUCCCUCUAAUAGUGCUAAAAAGUACUCUUUUGAAUUAGGUGGCAAAUAGUUGCUUUUUUGCAGUUUUGAAUGCUAUCAAUCAACACAUGAAAUUUUCUUGCUCUGAAGAUCUUGGUAUUGGAUUGAUUUUUUCUAAUGUGGUAAAUAAAUGGUUUUCUAAACAGAUGAUGGUU